AGGGUCUGAGAGGGGGGUCCUCGGGGGUUCAGGGGAUCCAUAGGGAAGAAGGGAAAAGGGGCCGGGUAAAGGGACAGAUGAGGUCAGAACAGCCUUAGAGCUCAGCGUCCAGCAGGGUGAAGACACAGGGAUGUCCGUGGGAGAGGAGACGGGGGAACAGAGACCCGGCUAGAGUGCAGGGAGGCCAGCGCAGGCCAUUGAGUUGAGCGAUGAGGGUGAGGGUCCAGAAUAAUUCCUUCAAGAAAAAAACAGAUUAGGAUGUAGGAAGGGACGGGUUAGGAAUCUCAGAUUUGAGUAAAAACGUAGAUGAAUUUGGGUAGGAGGAAGAUCUUGAAGAGCCUACUAUGCUUUAGGACUCUAGAAAGAGGAGGUGGGCAACAGGAAUGGAAGCCAAGGGGAUAACAGAAAGAAACUGAGAGGAAAGCUGCAAACAAGAUUUAGAUGAGAUGUCAGGAAGCUGGCUUUUCUGCCCAGGAUCAAACCCCACAUGUGGCCACGUUCAUCUGGGUCCAGGCCUUGGGCCAGCACUUUAAUAGGGAAGGACCCAGGAGAGUCAUGGCCUGGUGGUGUCUGGAUGGGCUCCCCCCAGGGCUUGCUGAGCCAUGGAGAGAACUCCAGACACUGGGCUCUGGGCCCCUACCUCCUUUCUCACCUCCAGCCAGGAGCAGCAGAGACUAUAGAAACUUAAGGAGGAAGGGGAACAUAGAUGGCUGGAGACAGAAUCUAGAGUGUUCAAAAAAUGUCGAGAUGUUUCCACCUUCAGGUCAGUGGGACCAGGUGAGGGGACUGGUGAUUGCCACUGUCUGGGAAACUGACGGUCUUUGCUUUUGAUUCUUCAGGUUCCAUGGGGCUGAUUCCCCCCUCCCACUUCCAAGCUCGGCCCCUUUCAACUCUGCCAAGAAUGGCUCCCUCCUGGGUCUCAGACAUUCCCCCGGUCCAACCCCCAGCCCAUCAAGACAUCUCAGAAAGGCGACGGGACACCCAGAGACCUCAAGUGACCAUGAGGGAACAGGAUGUUUCUGGUGAUAGGCAGGAGCCAGGGUGGAGAGGCAGAUCCCUGGAGCUGGCUGGGUCACAGGCCCUGAGCCAGCAGGCUGAGCUGAUCUCUCGGCAGCUACAAGAGCUGCGGCGACUGGAGGAUGAGGUCCGGGCCCUGCGGGAGACCUCGCUGCAGCAGAAGAUGAGGCUGGAAGCCCAGGCCAUGGAGCUGGAGGCUCUGGCACGGGCAGAGAAGGCUGGCAGAGCAGAGGCUGAGGGCCUGCGGGCUGCCUUGGCCGGGGCCGAGGUUGUCCGGAAGAACCUGGAAGAGGGAAGCAAGCGGGAGCUGGAGGAGAUUCAGAGGCUGCACCAAGAGCAGCUGUCCUCCUUGACACAGGCUCACCAGGAGGCUCUUUCCAGUUUGACCAACAAGGCCAAGGGCUUGGAGAAGUCUCUGGGUAGUCUGGAAGCCAGGCAGGCAGGGGAAGCCAAGGAGCUGGCCGUGGCCCAGGGGGAGGCCGAGCAGCUGCGGGAGCAGCUAAGCAAGACCCAAGAAGACUUGGAGGCACAGGUAACACUGGUUGAGAAUCUAAGAAAAUAUGUGGGGGAGCAAGUUCCUCCCGAGGUCCACAGCCAGGCGUGGGAACCAGAGCGACAGGAGCUUCUGGAAACCGUGCAGCACUUGCAGGAGGACCGGGACGGCCUGCACGCCACCGCCGAGCUGCUGCAGGUGCGGGUGCAGAGCCUCACGCACAUCCUCGCCCUGCAGGAGGAGGAGCUGACCAGGAGGGUUCAACCUUCAGAUUCCCUGAAGCCCGAGUUUACCAGGAAGUGCCAGUCCCUGCUGAAGCGCUGGCGGGAGAAGGUGUUUGCCCUCAUGGUGCAGCUUAAGGCCCAGGAGCUGGAACACAGGGACUCUGUUAAGCAGCUGAAGGGACAGAUGGCAGAGCUCCAGGAACAAAUGACAACCCACAGCCAGGAGCAGGCCAUCCUGCAGCGCUCCCUGCAGGACAAAGCUACGGAGGUAGAGGUGGAGCGGAUGGGUGCCAAGGCCCUGCAGAUGGAGCUGAGCCGCGCUCAGGAGGCCAGGUGCCGGUGGCAGCAGCAGACAGCCGUGGCUGAGGAGCAGCUAAGGCUUUUGGCCAAUGUUGUCAGCAGCUCUCAGAUCUGGGUCCAAAGCACCGUGGCUAAGAUGGAACAGGCUGCAGCCCGGCUCCCCAGCCUCAGCAACCGACUCAGCUAUGCCAUCCGCAAGGUCCACACCAUUCAGGGCCUGAUGGCUCGAAAGCUGGCCCUUGCUCAGCUGCGCCAGGAGAGCUGUCCCCCACGCCCACCCCCACCAGUCAUAGACCUGAGCCUUGAGUUGCAGCAGCUUCGGGAAGAACGGAACCGCCUGGAUGCAGAGCUGCAGCUGAGUGCCCACCUCAUCCAGCAGGAGGUGGGCCGGGCCCGGGAGCAAGGGGAGGCGGAGCGGCAGCAGCUGAGCAAGGUGGCCCAGCAGCUGGAGAAGGAGCUGCAGCAGACCCAGGAGUCCCUGGCCAGCGUGGGGCUGCAGCUGGAAACGGCUCGCCAGGGACAGCAGGAGAGCACGGAGGAGGCUGCCAGUCUCCGGCAGGAGCUGACCCAGCAGCAGGAGCUCUAUGGGCAAGCUCUGCAAGAGAAGGUGGCUGAAGUGGAAACUCGGCUGCGGGAGCAGCUGUCGGACACGGAGAGGAGACUGAACGAGGCUCGCAGGGAGCAUGCGAAGGCUGUGGUCUCUCUGCGCCAGAUCCAGCGCAAAGCCACCCGGGAAAAGGAGCGGAACCAGGAGCUCAGGUGUCUGCAGGAGGAAGCUCGGAAGGAGGAGGUGCAGCGACUGACCUGGCAUGUGCAGGAGCUAGAGAGGGACAAGAACCUCAUGCUGGCCACCUUGCAGCAGGAGGGUCUCCUCUCCCAUUACAAGCAGCAGCGACUGCUGGCGGUCCUUCCUUCCCUGCUGGGUAAGGAGAAGGCUGUGGGACCCAGCGCCAGGCCUCCGGCGGCUUCAGCACCUCCACCUCCAGCAGCAGCGCAGCCCACCAGGGGAUCCGUAAGAGGGUCCCUCUCUGUCCUGCUUGACAACCUGCAGGGCCUGAGUGAGGCCAUUUCCAAAGAGGAAGCUAUUUGUCAAGGAGACAACCAGAACUCUCCAGCUCCAGUCCCACAACAACGCUGAGCAGCUGAGCAGCAGAGGCCCAGAGGGAAAGCCAGCCUGGGGGCUGGAGGAUCCUGGAGAAGAGGGGCAGGGCCCAGCCCCUUCCUCACCCAGCAGCUGGCACUGGGGACACGAGCUGCCACCAAGUCUGAAUCCUCCUGCACUA